UCCGUUAUGAAGCGAAACAUCUUGUUCUUUGUAUUUUUCCUAUACUGCUCAAAUAUUGGUCCAAUACGAGCACUAUUACCGAAAGUUUGUCUCGAUGACUCGAAUUGUGUACUUGGCAAAUUUAUGCGUGGCUUUGAAACUCAACUAUUCGAAGCUUUCUUGGGCAUACCAUACGCCCAACCACCAAUUGGUGAUUUAAGAUUUAGUAAUCCAGAAGAAGCCAAACCUUGGAAUGGAACACUUAAAGCAAAAGUCCCGAAGCCAGAUUGCGUACAAAAGGACUACAUUCAGCCUGCUUCUCCCAGCUUUGGCUCAGAGGAUUGCUUGUACUUGAACGUUUAUCGACCUCAGAACCGAAAUAUUACCGACAAAUUGCCGGUUUUAUUCUACAUUCAUGAAGGAGGAUUUUUCGGUGGCUCUUCGAGUCCAUUUAUGGAAGGACCGGAAUACUUUAUGGAUACUAAAGAAGUUAUAUUGGUGGUACCAGCUUAUCGUUUGGGGCUAUUUGGUUUCCUCAGUACUAACGAUGAACAAAUGACGGGCAAUUUCGGUCUUAAAGAUCAGAAUUUAGCGCUCAAAUGGGUUAAUGCAUUUAUUUCGGCUUUCGGUGGUGAUCCCAAUCGUGUGACCAUUUUCGGACAUAGCGCUGGUGCUGCAUCUGUACAUUUCCACACACUGAGUCUGGCCUCAAAAGGUUUAUUCCAAAACGCUAUAUUAAUGAGCGGUGCCGCAAAUGCUUUCUAUGCUAAGCCGCUGGAUGAUCCAAAAGCACAAGUAAUUAAAUUGGCUGAGUCUGCCGGCAUUAAAGGGGCCGCUAACUUAAGCUCCACUGAGUUAGUUAAAGCUUUACGGAAAAUACAUAGAAUUAAGUUGCUUAAAGCUGCCGAUAACUUGAAAUCUUGGGAUGUAUACCCAUUAGUAACUUUCCGACCUAACAUUGAGAACUCUCAAUGGCCAAAUUCAUUUCUAACAGAAGACAUCUUUGCAUCGCUUGCUGAAAAUUCGGGUUCAAUAUCUGUACCAUGGAUAAUAGGGAAUGUACCAUCCAAAGGUGAAGGUUUGGUUAUGGCACUCAGACUGGCAAGUAAUCCGAUAUUACGCGCUAAUUUCAAUAAGGAAUUUGAUAACCUGUUGCGUACAAUAUUAGAAUUACCUGAUACAAACAAAACAAGCGCCGUAAUAAACUGUGCUGUUUCAAAAUAUAUGAAUGGGGUACAUGAGUUGAAUGAUGAAACAUUGGAUGGCUUUUUGGAGCUUUUAGGUGAUGCGAGUUUCAUUUAUCCUACCUAUAAGACGAUUCAAGCGCAUUUAAAUACUAACGAUUACGACAAAGGGGCUUUAAAUCUUACUGGAAUCAUAAAAUUCGAUUAUAGUGGACCCUACUCGUAUUCUAAGAUUUAUACAGGCAGCUCUACAAAUUUCAGUACUGUACAUUAUGAUGAUUCAUUAUUCUUAUUUAAAGCGCCACUCGUUUUUCGAAAGGGUUAUUUAAUAGCAUCACCAGAGGCUGCUUUGGUAAGACGUUAUGUGGGCCUUUACGUGGAGUUCGCCAAAACUGGAAAAGUGAAAGAGUUCGAAAAUAUUGGCACUUGCACGAAGAAUUCAUUUGAUGAGGGUGAAUGUGAAUAUCUGUCAAUCACAAAGAGUUCUGAGCUAUUCCAGACUGAUAGUUCUUGGGAUACUGAACGAAUGAAGUUGUGGAACAAGGCAUAUAACUAAAUCCGAAAUUAAAGUGGUGUUAAUAUUUUGAGGCGUAUUCCUACAGUCUUUCAAAGUUUAAUUGUUUAUUGAAUAUUUUAUUUGCAUACAGAAAUAAUGUUGUAUUUUGAUUUGAUCAACCAGAUAUAAUAAAUUAAUAAUAUAAAAUACGUA